AUGUUUUAUACAAUUCAACAACAAUUAAAAAUAUUUCUCAUAAUCAUAUGUUGCUGUUUCAACUUCAUAAUUGGAGGUCCUGAUCAACUUCGUUUGUUAGAAUAUUUAUUGAAUAAUAAACAUAAAUCAAUUGCACGACCUGUUCAAAAUGAUUCUCAUACAUUACUUGUUACUAUAAAUUUAGCUUUACAACAAAUUAUUAGCUUUGAUGGAAAAAACGAAGCUAUUAGUAUUAGUGGUUGGAUGACUAUCAUGUGGAAUGAUUAUAGUUUAAAAUGGAAACCAGAAGAUUUUGGUGAUAUUCAAACAAUACGAAUACCAAGUACACAAAUUUGGACACCAGACAUUUUUCUAUACAACACAGCUGAUGAAAAGUUUGAUACUACAGUGAAAGUCAAUGCCGUUGUACAACAUACUGGUGAUAUACUCUAUGUUCCACCAGUAUUGUUCAAAUCAAAUUGUCCAUUUGAUAUUGCUGCAUUUCCAUUUGUAAGAAUCAAUUUGACAGCAGAAAGUAAUAAAGGUCAAUUAGAUGCAUAUGUCACAAGUGCUGAAUGGGAUUUAGAAGGUAGUCAAUACGGAUUAUAUAUUGAUUUUCAUCCUAUUCAUUCUGUUUUAGACUUCUCUGCAACGAACAAUAGAACCAAAUAUGACUGUUGUCCAAAUAUAUAUCCAUAUGUAUUAUACACUAUUCGAAUGCGUCGACGUUCUCUUUAUUAUAUUACAAAUACUGUUGUACCUUGUUUUCUUAUCAGUUGUAUGACAAUACUCGGACUUUUAUUACCACCAGAUAGUGGUGAUAAAAUAAACUUGCAGAUUACAACUCUUCUAACUGUUGUUAUGUUCAGUUUACUUCUAUCAGAAAUUAUGCCACCAAGUUCAACUGCUAUACCAAUCAUUACCAUUUAUUUCAUGUGUGUUAUGAUCAUGUCAGUGGUUUCAGUUCUUGCAUCAGUAAUAGUAUUAUCACUUCAUUUUCGAAACUCGAAAAAUUAUACAAUGCCAUUAUGGGUUCGUAAAUAUAUUUGUAACUAUUUGGCAUGGCUAUUAUUUAUGAAACGUCCUGAUCAUGAUUUAAGUUGGCGUGCAAUUCGUCGGCGAUGGGCUUCUUCAAAACAAGAAUCGAGUAAGAUAGAUGAAUCAAUUGGCAAUGAUCAAUCUAAGAUUCCUUCGGAACCCUUGUUGAGUAACACAUUCGAAUUAUCACCAACCAACGCUAUGAAUACUGACAGAGAACCUUUAGAAUUCUUAGAAAACCGAGCAAAACAACGGUCAAGUUCGUCAUUAGAAUAUAGUGUACCUUCAGCAACAAAAACUCACCAUGCUCAUCAUCAUCGGAAUACAUACAACGAAUUGAAUAAAUGUGAUACAGAAAUGGUUCGUUCUGAGCUACGUUUUAUUGUUUCUCAACUUGGUAUCCUUACUAAUCAUUCUCGACAACAAGAGAAAGAAGAUGAUGAAUCUCAAGAAUGGAAAUUUGUGGCAAGGGUCAUUGAUCGUCUUUGUCUAGUGGUUUUUGUUACAUCCAUGACUAUUUUUACUUCACUAAUUUUUCUCCGUUUUUAA